AUGGAGAAGGGCACGCAGGAUGAGGGAGGAGCUGGAAGAGGAGCAGGUGGGCAUCGGGAGAAGGAGAAGGACCAGGAGAAGACGUGCAUCGACAAUGAGAAUGUGCCGACCAGAAUGUUCGACAUGCCCUCCUUCAUCAACAGCGACUACGAGUUCUUCGAUCAAUUCGGCGACGGCAAAGACUUCUGGCGGAUGGUGUGGCAAGAGAAGGUGCCCUACAUCUUCAUGCUCAUCAGCCGCAAGCAGCCGGAGCGGUGUGUCCGCUAUUGGCCAAAGGAACAAGACGGCCUGCUUCGGUUGACCGAGAUGAACGUGCGACAUUGUGGCGUCGAUGAGGAGCGAGACCCGCUGUUUCGGGUGACCCACAUUGAGGUUGUGCACGACAACGGGCAGACGCUGCGCCUCGAGCAUUGGCAGGCCGACAUGAACAAUACGAAUAAUUUGGAGGCUCCGCUCCGUCUGCUGCACCUCGCACGCAACAGCUCGAAGCCCGUCAUCGUGCACGAUUGCCUCGGAAUCAGCCGUGCCGGAUGUCUGGUCACCAUCGAGGCGGCGAUUGCCAGUCUGAUCCGCGGUCCCACUUACAAGCACACCAUCCAGAAAGCCGUCCAAUUUGUGCGCUCGCAGCGGGCCUUCUGUAUUGAAACCCCGAUGCAGUACAUCUACGUGCACCGCUGCGUGGCCCACUUCUUCGAGGGCAUCAUCGGCAAGAUUCCGCUCUUCGAUUCGGACUACCGCCAAUGGCUGGAGCGACGCGCCGGCCGCAUGUUCCUCGACUUCAACGAGCCGGUUCUUUAUCGU